ACACGGUCGGGACCCAUAUUCAACAUAACCAACCACUGUGCGAACUCUUCUACCACCGUGACCAGACCACCACCUGGUCGUGGUCCUGAACAGAGUCAACUUUGUCUCUGUUUUUAUUUAUGUUUAUCAUCCUUUUAUUUGUUUGGUUGGCCGUCGUCGACGACAGUGACACGGUUUCCAGAUUCAAAACCCAUAAAAAGAAGUGAAAUAAUUGAUGGUUUUUUGAUUCUCUGAUCGUAUCACUCUGCCAUGGCUGGGCAAUCAUGGUUAGUUGACAGUAACAGAAUUGCAACAAAAAUCAGGAGUGCAUCUGGCCUCGGUGAUCCUGCAAGAGUCAACUGGAAGAGCAACCCAUCCAGACCUUGCCCAAAUUGCCAACACAUUAUUGACAAUAGUGAUGUGACUCAAGAGUGGCCAGGAUUACCCAAAGGUGUGAAAUUCGAUCCAUCUGAUCAAGAGAUCAUAUGGCAUUUACUUGCAAAAGCUGGUGUUGAUAAUAUGAAACCCCAUCCUUUUAUUGAUGAGUUCAUUUUGACCGUGGAUGAAGAUGAUGGAAUUUGCUACACCCAUCCUCAAAAUUUGCCAGGUGUUAAGCAAGAUGGAAGUGUUUCUCACUUCUUUCAUAGAGCAAUCAAGGCUUAUAAUACAGGAACUCGGAAGCGUCGAAAGAUACACGGUGAUGAUUUUGGUGAUGUUCGUUGGCAUAAGACCGGUAGGACCAAACCUGUUAUCUUGGACGGGGUUCAAACAGGUUGUAAGAAGAUUAUGGUGCUUUAUGUGAGCCCAGUGAGGGGUGGGAAAGCGGAGAAAACCAAUUGGGUGAUGCAUCAGUAUCACUUUGGCACCGGAGAAGAUGAAAAAGAGGGUGAGUAUGUUAUCUCCAAGGUUUUUUAUCAGCAACAGCAAGUCGUCAAGCUGAAUGAAAUUUUUCAGCAAGAUUUUCCCGAAGGAACUGACAGCAUGAUUGCAAAAGUGGAUCCAGUCACUCCGCAAUCUGCGACUCCUGAACCACCUCGUAUUGACAGGAGAUUUUCUGAUGUGGACCCAAUACAACAGCCCACUGUUACUUGCAUCGAACCCAAUGCGCAGCUUCAGCAUCAUGAGAUGUGGCACGUUGAAGAUGAGGUGCAAGCUGCAAAUGAAAAAUCCGAGUGUCAAGACUCCCUAAUGGUAGAAAACAAUGAUAAUCAAAACGGGCACGACCCAAAAUGGUGGGACAGCGAAUCACAGAAUCUGUUAGAUUCACAGCAACUCGUGGAAGCGCUGUCUUUGUGUGAUGAACUUCUCCGAAGCCAGUCCCCAUAUAGGGAUGGAAAUGAAAAUGAAGAAUUAAAGGGCAAGCCCUGCCUUUCUGACUAUGCUCAUUUAGGACCCGAGUUUUUGAAGAAGGAUUUAGAAGCAUGCCAAGAUUUGGUCCUUGAUCCGGCAAAUAUAGAACUUGAUACGCCUCCUGAUUUCCGGCUGAGCCAACUUGAGUUUGGAUCGCAAGAGAGCUUCCUUGCUUGGGGUGGGAGCAAUGUGGUUGAAUAAGCAUGGUUCAAAUGCUCAUCACCACAAUCGUGGACAAAAAAACGCUGCAACUUUUUUGUUUUGCUUUGUGAAGGCUUGGUUUAGUAAAUUGUUCUCAGAGUGAGACUAAAACUCUUUCAUGGUGAUGUAAUCUGAUGCUUUUGAAAUGGAUUGAUUGUCUCAGUUCAUUCACUCCCUGGGAGAGAUUUGAACAAAAGUGAGUUGUCUAUCUGGUUUUGUAAUCUUGAAUGCAGCUUCAAGGCUGGCUGGCUCAUUGUUGGCAAAUUUCGAAAACAUCUGUUACAUUGUAAAUCAUCGUGACAUUAAUCAAACACUUUUGUUUCAUGCUUUAUUCUC